GGAGAGGACUUAAAGAUAUUGGAGGGUGAGGAGGUAAUUAAAUAGAAGAAGCACUUUAUCAGUUGAUCUUGUGGAGAGGGGUAAAUGCAUUCUGUGAAAGUGGGAGACUUGUGCCAGUGAUAAAAGUAAUGAAAUUGGACUAAAAGUGGAAAGAAAUUAAAUUGAUCAAACAUUUUUGUAUACGUUUUGAACGAGGUAGUGUGGAUAAUGUUGUCUACACUGUUUGUGUGUGUGUAUACCAGAGCGUCCUUGUGUGGUACCAGUUUGUGAUUACUUUUCAGCCUUUCUAAGGAAGCAGGCUGUACAACAAGACUUAUCCCUUGGCGCAUGAGAAUCUCGAGGAAGUAUGAGAGGGAAGGAACUGUAAUACAGUACAACAAAGCUAUGGACAGUGACUUGAGAAGAUCCCAUUCAGGGUACACUUGUUUGCUCUAUUUCAUCAUAACGUAUUCAUCCAAUUUAUGAUGGAGUGGCUUGGAUUUUCCUGUUUGCUGCUCGGUGUGUUACUUUGGCCGAGCAGCACACAAAACGUUGUACCUGAAACAGGAAGUGUGUCAUCCUACGAGUUCUCUCGCCUGCUGCACUUCCUGUCCGAGCUGCUUCUCCCCUUCUCUCUGGGGCGGGGCUAGGUGAGGGCGGGGCUGCUGCAGGUGGGCACUGAGCCACACCUGGAGUUUGGUCUGGAUGCCCACAGCACCCAGCCUGGCCUGCAGGGGGCACUGCAUAGGACCAGGCAACUCCAGGGGGACACCAACACAGAGGCUGCCCUCAGACAGGCCCAGGGGCUGCUAGCCAGAGCUGGGGCUGGGGAUGCGUUGGAGCUCCCCAAAGUGCUGGUGUGGCUAACGGAUGGGGUACAGCCGGGCAUGGUGGAUGGACCAAUGGCAGAGCUGAGAAGGGCGGGUGUGUCUCUGUUGGCUGUCUCUACGGGACACGGGAACUACCAGGUGCUGCAGAGGGUGGUGACCCCGCCCAUCGAGUCCCACCUGUACUUUGUGGACAUCGAUGACAUCAGUAUCAUCACAGAGGACCUGAGGGAGGCCAUCAUUGAGCUGAUCCGCGUUGAGCGCCUGAGGGUGGUACAGGUGUCCUCCCACAGUGCCGUGCUGCAGUGGCUUCCUGUACUUGGAUCCAACACAUAUUUCUACAGCUUUUUACACCACAGCUCUGUUCUGCCAGGUGGUGGGGAGGGUCAGCCUAACGGCAGGGCCAGCAGUGGGGGGCAGUACCACAGACGGACCCUUCCCGGGGACGCCAGCUGGGUGGAGCUGAGGGGCCUGCAGCCAGACACCAUCUACACUGCCUCCCUCACCCCCAACUCCCAGUCCAACCAUGAUUAUCUCAACACUCUCAGUGUCACCUUCACUACACAACCCGAGGUGUUGAGCCCAGCGGUGGUCACAGUGGCAGACUCAGGCCCUGACAGGGUGCGAGUGAGCUGGGGUCCUUUGCAAACUGAGCAUGUCCAGCGGUACCAGAUAGAGUACGGAUCUCUACCCAGUGGGCAGGUCCACACGGUUAGGCUACAUGGAUAUCAGAACUCCACUCUGCUCACUGGUCUAGAGCCAGACACACAGUACCUAGUUACUGUCAGCGCCCUGUACUCUCUGCUGCUGAUUGGCAGCAGAGAGGCCAGGUGCAUCAUUGGGCAUGAAAGAACAGUGAAAACAUGCAGCUCAAAAAGCUCCCCCAUUGAUCUUGUUAAGGGACAAUACAAUUAUCCUUCCUAGACUAGCCUACAACACCAUAAUCCAAUGACCAAUUGAGUGCAAUUAUACUCCAGGCUGUAAACUGCAGUGAAAAUAUCAUUUGAAUAAUGGUGCAAAAGUUUUUGGAUCGUUUCAUUCCAUUCGUUCCAUCUAGAUCAGCUGUGGGUCUACUCUGGACAGAUUCUAGAUAGGCACAGGAGCAGGCCAGGCUGGUUGUAUUUUUACUUGUGAUACUGAUGAGCUGUCUGUUGCGGUCAUCAUUCUCCCAUUCUCCCAUGUCGUCCACACAGGCCUAUAUGCGCCCAGCAGGCCCAGUUAUUCAGGAAAGCUUAACACGUUCUGGCUCCUUUCCGAUCCAAGUAGCUAUUCCUCGACCUAGAACCUGACACUUCAAUAUGGCCUAAAUAUUUGUCAUUUAAAAUGUAAUACCUUUUUAUGUGUGGCAUUAACACAACUACUCACAAUGUUUUGAUCUGAUUAGGGGUACUGAGUAGGGGUACUGACUAGGGGUACUGAGUAGGGGUACUGAGUAGGGAUACUGAUUAGGGAUACUGAUUAGGGGUACUGAGUAGGGAUACUGAUUAGGGGUACUGAGUAAGGAUACUGAGUAGGGAUACUGAGUAGGGAGAGAGAUAUUUUUCAAGAUUGUCAUACUCUACUUGAUUGUGGUGUUGAAAAUACAAACCAUGAUGAUAAGUCAGUAAUUGGUAUGCAGUUACGCGUUGCUUAUUGGUUGUGUGUGAUAUAUUGGCACAGAAACCUGUUGGUGGAAAAUAUGUUGCAUAUAUUUUAUAUAAUUAUAAAUACAGCAACGAAAUGUUGAAAAUCUGAUUUCUCCCCAGAUGAUCAUUGUCUGCAGCCUGCUCUGAUCAUAGUGUAAUGAAACAGCCAGAGAGAGUGAGCUCACCCAUAGCGAACCCUCAACUUUCUGGCCCAUUAGCUGUGUGUGGCAUUGACUGUGCCACAAAACCAUGCUAAAGUGGUAAAGUCGAUAUCCACGUUUAUAAACACUGGGUUGUUACAGUUAUUGUAAUUUAUGGUGGUAAUAACUAUUUUUUAGUUAAUUUUAUGAAGGGGGAGGGUGUGCACAUUUUAUUACAGUAGAAGGGGAGGGUGAGGUGAAAAUAUUUGUAACAUUGGGGAGGGGGGUGCCUAUUUUUUUGGGACCCCUCCUCCAGGUACAUUUCUAACUGUCCCUUAUACUUCUGCUGUCUUUCCUUAAUAUUAAAUGGUUUCCCUCUCAGCAACAAUAUUGUAUUUGUGCUGUUAAUUCAAUGGUUCCUAACUUUUUUCGGUAACUGUACCACCAAGUACAUUUUGCUCUGCCCGGAUUUCCCCAUAAGUACCCCCCUAAUGUGCAUUUUACCAGUAAGUCUAUGGUCUCAUGUAUCCCCUGGUUGGGAAACACUGUGUUAAUGAAUGCUUGUUAAAUGGUAUUGACAUUUAAAUGUCAUGAAACCCUUUACUUAUCCUGACAUACUGUUACGAAUCCCUUUUGGCCCGACAGUCUAGGGGGGAUGGUAAUGAGACCCGUAACAUAACUCAUGCAAAUUAUUAUUGUGACAAAGUAAAAGUGUGCACGAAAUAACC